UACCAUAAAGUGUUCAAGUUCAUCAACUUACUACAUAGAAAGAAAAUUAGUAGGUUUUUCUCUGGAAAACACGUACCUUUCCAACUCUUCGAAUUCGAACGCUCGAUCUCCACCAUGAAGCAAAAGAUUGUGAUGAAGGUGCAAUUUAGCUGCCAGAAACGCAGAACUGAUGCCCUCAAGAUUGCUGCCGGAACUACAGGUGUGAGCAAUGUGUCUAUAGAAGCAGAUAAAGACCAAAUUGUGGUGAUCGGAGACGGAGUUGAUUCGGUUUGUUUGGUCAAGUCGUUGAGGAAGAAGCUCCGGUACGUUGAAAUAGUGAGUGUUGAAGAGGUGAAAAAGGCAGAAGAAAAGAAGCCAGAAGUUCAGAGAAUUCCAUUUCAAUGUGCAUCAAGCUAUGUUCACUAUCCCAUGCCCUAUGAUCUUGUCUACCGUUGGUAAUCGAAAUUAAGCGCUUCUAUCAAUGUUCAAAUUUUCUCCUUUGUCAGAAUAUUUUUAGUUCUUUUUUGUGAAGAGAAAUACAUUUUCUAUUACCAUAAAAACUGGUUGUUUAUAUAUGCUGGCCGACCAUGCAUGUAUAUGAUGCCCUUAGU